AUGUCCUCUGACACUGCCUCCUCCGCCGUCCUUCCCACCCGCAUCAUUUUCUCCCUCCUCGGCCUCGCCUCCGCCGCGGGCGGCUACCUGGCGGACUGGAACGAAACCCACGUCUUCAAUCCACGCUGGACCCCUCACGCGAAAUUUCACAACGGCCAGACCAUGUCCACGGGGCUCGGCCUGGGCCUGCUCACAUGGUACUACACCUGGCGGACAACCAACACGUCGACCACGUCGGGCCUUCUAGACAACCUGCUCACGGCGGCGCUGAUGAGCAGCCUGUACUGGGCCACGCAGGUGUCUGCCAUCCUGUACCCGGGCACGAAGUGGGUGGAUGACGAGUUCAAAAAGAGCCAUGGCGAGCCGCAGAAGCGAGGGGCGCCUGUGUUGCUCGGCUUGAGCUGGGCUGCGUUCGGGCUGGGCUGGUAUCGAUUGACCAACGGAGGGAAAUCAGUCGCCAUUUGA